AUGGGGAUAGUGCCCCCCGGGGACCCCAGAGCCCUGAGCCACCUGCUGCUCCUGUUGCUGCUGCUGGAGGAGUCGCGGGGGUUCCCCCCUGGAACCCACACUCUCCGCUACGACCUCAUGGCCCUGUCCCUGGACAGGCCUGGGAAGCCCCAGUUCCUGGCCCUGGGGUACUUUGAUGAUGAGCUCUUCCUGCGCUAUGAUGGCGAGAGCCAGAGGGCAGAGCCCUGGGGUCUAGGGAUCAAGAUGGACCUGGGAGCUGAGACCUGGGAGAGAGAGACCAAGAACCUGAAGGAGAAGGAGCGGCAGCUCAGACAGAUGCUGACAGAGAUCAUGGGCCAGCAGGCCCAGGCCUCAGGCUACAUUGAGCUGUGA